GUGUUCUUAUGAUGAAAUCACCCAUCUCUGGGGAAUCAUUGACAAGAGAAUACAACAGAAGGACUGCUAAAAUAAAAUACUGUCAUCAGAAAAACCUUGUCUCCAAAAUUAUCUUGAAGACAUAUUUAUUAGAUAUCUUUAAUACAGAAUGGCAGUGAACUAUACAAGAGUUAAGAAGGUGAAGAACAGCUGUAUCCGGGAAUAAACAAAAGUGGACAAGCAAGCUUGAUCAUUUAAGCACUGACCUAAAUAUUUAGACCUACAUGAAGAAGAUGCCAACCUGCAAACCAGAAGAUAUGUACUGGAUAGAAGGUUCUCAGAGAGAAAAUGGACUGGAACAUUUCUAUACCUUGAAACAAGAACUCGGAAGUGGAGCUACUUCUACAGUUUGUAAAUGUGAGGAAAAAGGAACACAAAAGCCUUAUGCUGCAAAAAUAAUUAAAAAAACAAUUGAUAAAAAAAUUGUAAGAACUGAAAUUGGAGUCCUGCUACGCCUGUCACAUCCUAAUAUCAUUAAACUUAAAGAAAUCUUUGAGACCCCAUCCAGGAUUAUACUGAUUUUAGAACUGGUAACUGGAGGAGAAUUGUUUGACAGGAUAGUGGAGCGUGGGUAUUACAGCGAAAAAGAUGCAGCCGGUGUUGUACAACAGAUCCUGGAAGCAGUUGCUUAUCUGCAUGCAAAUGGAGUUGUUCACCGUGACCUCAAGCCAGAAAAUCUUCUCUAUGCUGAUAUGUCUCCAAAUUCCCUUCUUAAAAUUGCUGACUUUGGCCUAUCUAAGAUUAUUGAUGAUCAGAAAACUAUGAAGACUGUAUGUGGAACCCCAGGUUACUGUGCACCAGAAAUUCUACAUGGUUCUCCAUAUGGUCCAGAAGUUGACACGUGGUCUGUUGGUGUAAUAACAUACAUCCUAUUAUGUGGGUUUGAACCAUUCCAUGAUUUACGUGGAGAUCAGUACGUGUACAAAAGAAUUUUGACUUGUGAUUAUGAGUUCAUGUCGCCCUGGUGGGAUGAAAUAUCACUGAAUGGAAAGGACUUGGUUAAGAAGCUGAUUGUGUUAGAUCCUAAAAAAAGAUUAACAGUUUCUCAGGGACUGCAGCACCCAUGGGUAACAGGAAGGGCUGCAAAGGUUUCCCAUAUGGACCGUACCCAAAAGAAACUCCAAGAAUUUAAUGCUAAACGCAAACUGAAGGCAGCAGUGAAAGCUGUGGUAGCAUCAAGCCGUUUGGGAAGUAAUCAUAAAUCACCCUAAACACCAAUGACAUGAAAAUUACAGAAGAAGAACAUUUUUUUUAUAUUUAAGAUGCUAUGGAUGAAAUCUGUAAUUUACCUGAAGACCAGCCAACCAUAUCACAAGGGCCAUCACAAGGCAAGAGCAAACACUGAAUGGAAAUGAAACCUUUAAGAAACAGGCAGAUAGAUGACUGUGCUAAUAAAUGAACGCCAAGCUUAAAGGGGUGGAAAACUUUUUUUUUUUUUUUUUUUUUUUUUUAUCAACUGGUGCCAGAAAGUUAAAGAGAUUUGUAAAUUACUUCCAUUAAUUACAGGAAGGAUUAAUAAUUUUUAUUUGCUGCUGAAUACUACAGAGGAAAUUAUUUUCUUUUUGGAACACCGUGCUCUCUGCUGACAUCAUGACCACCCGUGAGAUCAAUAAGCAUCAACAUUAUUAUACCAGUGCCAGCAUCUGUUUUUCUUUCGCCCAUCAUGACCACAGUGCUCUUUGCUGACAUCUCUGACCAUUUUAGGAACUGUCCAGAGUAGGAGCAAAUCCCCAUAGAAAACUGCUCUGGACAGUUUCUAAAAUGGACAAAGAUGUCAGCAAAGAGCACUGUGCUCGUGAUGUCAGCAGAGAGCACGGUGUUCCAGCAAAGAAAAGAAUGUAGUAUUCAGCAGUGAAUAAGUACUGGAAGGAUUAAUAUUUUUUUAAUAGAAGUAAUUUACACAUCUGUUAACUUUCUGGCACCAGUUGAUUUAAAAAAAAAUUAUUUUAAUUAUUUUAUACUAUAGAUAAAGUAUACACAUAGCUUUGAACGUGGCCAUCACUUAUCAAGGUUUUAUGUUUUGCUUUUUUAAGUCAAUCUUGAAGCGAGAAAGGCUCCUUCUACCCAAAUUAUAGUUAAUCACUAGGGGUGCCAAGUCUGAUGGACUAAAGAUGGCUUGUGGCCUCUUCUGACCUGUCCUAGUAAACAUAAUGCUUAUUAGAACUUAAUGACUAAAUAGUCAUCUGGGUGUUACCAGUUGGGGGCAUGUCCCUACACUGUCCAAAACAAUUCAAUCUAAACUAACAGUAUAGAGACAUGCCCACAACUGGUAACACCCAAUUGACAAUUUAGUCUUAUUAAAAAGAAUAACAGAAAAACAGCACAAUACAGCUAUAAGCAAACAGAAUUUCUUUUAAAGGGAAAUGCAUGUUUAUUAGACCAGAUUUUGCUACUUUUUUUGUCAUAUAUAUAUUUUUAAUAUAUAUCUUUUGCUUAGCACUGUACGUAUCAAUGUUUGCAUAUAAUUUUACUAUUUCCUUUUCUGGAAUGUGAAUAUGAUAGACAGCCAAUCUUUGAUAUACUAUUUCUGGUCACAUUUAAAACAGCAUUACACUUGCUCGUAUUCCCUUUAGGACAUAUCAAUUCCCUGCUCUAAGCUACAGUGUAGGAUUGGCUUCCGUUGAAGACUCAAGUAUCACUCCUGGAGUGCCAUGUGACUAAUAGCUAGACAGUUUGUAUGGCCCUUUACUGGCAUCACUUAUUUCCCACACCUUCCCUAUUACACAAGGAUACGUGUGGCGAAAAGACGACAGGCAUUUGCUCAAGCGUUUGGCUUAUUGCUGGCUCUAUUAGGGUGCAUUCACACCCCAUUUAGCCAAUAUGGUCACUGGAACUGAUGGGAG